AUGAUUGUCUUGGAAGCGAUCAAGGAAUUCCUCGGUUACACGACCAUACACGGGUGUGGCCGGUGUGGAGAUUCCAAGUAUAUAAUACAAAGGAUAUUCUGGUGUUUGUCCACCCUUGGCUGCAUGGUAUUCACCUUCUAUCAGAUAUCCAGACUUCAUCAGCAGUAUCUGGCAGGCCAUCUGACAACAUCUUUAGAAGUACGUCCGGACAAUCUUACGUUUCCAGUGUUCCGUUUCUGCAGUCUAAAUCCAGCUCCAUAUUCCGCUGUGAAAAACAACACACAACUUAUGGCUAUUUUGUAUGCAACACAACAAACGCUUGGAGUGAAUCUAUCGGACUUCGAUAAGACUGGGGAGACCACUGUUAUAACUGAGGCAGUUAAGAGCGCAGCGACAGCAUAUAAAAUUAGAACCCUCACAGAAGCAAGAGAUGUGUUUGGGAGGACCCUCAGCACCGUAAAAUCAGAUUACAGUUUAGACCAUCCAUACACACAUAAUCCAUAUUCCUACAGGUCUCUCGAUAUCUUACUCCAGUGUACGUUCCGAGGUAUCGACUGCGACGAAGAAACGAAAUUGACCAACGUCGCACAGGGAGAUUUCCUGUACGGCACUUGUUUUGAGAUUAAAGCUGUAAAUGUCCCUAUUUAUACCGCUGGACCAGAACAAGGAUUAGAAUUGAUGAUCUCUUUGAACCACGAUGAAUUCGUCCCGUUUAUUGCUGAGGCAAUUGGUAUCAACACGCGUAUAUAUGAUAGUGAAAACACGAAUUCUUUGCUGUUGGAAAGCACAGAUGGCGUCAAAUUGUCGGCGGGAUUUGAAAUAAACAUAGCCGUUUCAUUGACAGAAUACAACAGAAAAGCGGGUCCCAGUGGGAGAUGUGACAGUUCAAAUAAAUUCCCAAACUUAUUGGCAUGUCUUGAAGAUUGCUUGAACAUUUUGGCCGAGGAAAAGUGUAGAAGUGGAUCGGAUGAAGAUUUAGAAGGGGACAAUAAAUCAUGUAAUAUAUCCGCAAUUUUGGAAUGUAAGAGACUCAUGCAGAAAUCCAUCCAUUCUCAAUGUCCUAACUGCAAACAACCAUGCAACGAGAAAAAAUUCGAACAACUGAUUACCAUGACAAAAUGGCCGUCCCGAUCAACCGAGCCGGUGAUUCGUAAAAUACUCCGUGAUAAAAACAGAAAGGAAACAUCACUGAGUGAUAACGUCAUGUUGGUUCGGGUGUAUUUUUCCUCACUCACUGUCCAGGCGUUCAAUGAGGAAGAGGCGUACACGACAGAGAAUUUUGUCAGUGACAUCGGAGGACAACUUGGACUCUGGAUAGGCAUGUCCGUACUAACCCUGGCAGAAAUUGUCGAAUUGGGCGUCCUGAUCGUAAUCGGAUUGUGUGGAGUGAAGAAAAAUGAACAAACCCAAGUCAUACCUAUCAAGUUAAACACGUCAACACCCGACGUUGUAAUGGCCGAAGAAAAUAUGACACAGUCUAAGUGA